AUGCGUCCAUCUAUCCUAAUCGGCCUUGCCGCUGGCUUUGCUAGCCAAGCCUAUGCUGCGUGCAGCUCUGCGCUGACGAUUGACGACUUUUCCAAAUGGUCCAGCAACACCAACAGCUUGGGCCAAUGGACUAGCGACGAUGCUUCCAUGACCUCGAUCUCGGCUGCCAAUGGUGUCCUGUCUUUCAAGCCCAAGUCUGGCUCCUACUUCUACGAGACUUUCGACUGCCAGGCCGCCAUUAGCAACAACUACAACUCCAUCCAGUUCACCACCAAAGGUGUUUCUGGAGGCUCUGGUACCCUCGAGAUCCAGACCAAGAGUGCCUGCUCGGCUUCUGCUUACACUUCCUACUACACCCAGUUUACCGGUUUGACUGGUAACUCUCAGACCAUCACCAUUCCUCUGAGCCAGUUUUCCGGCGCCAAUGGCAAUGCUAUCGUCGGCUUCGUCUGGUCUGGAUUUUCUUCCACCACUGCCACCUGGCAGUUGAGCAACGUUCAGUUCGGCUGUGGCGGCGCCGUGGGUGGUUCCAGCUCCUCUGCUCGCUCCUCCGCCAUUAGUUCCACUGCUCGUCCCACCACUGUCUCUGCUGUUUCGGUUACCCGUACUACCCUGGCUACUUCCACUGCGCCUACCGGAACCUGCGCUGCUUCUCUGAUCGAUGACUGGACAUCGCAGUCCCGCCUGACAUUCAUGUUCUACAACGCACUCAACAAAGCCUCUUCCUCGGAUGGCACAAUGACCUCCCUCACUGUUGGCAAGCCCUCCAAGAACCGUGUUGAGAUCGUCCCUAAGGACACUAGCUCCUACUUCUACUCCCAGUUCGGCUGCUUCAACGCUAAGACCAAGGGACACACUGGAAUCUCCCUGCGCAUCAAGGCUCCUGCUGGAACCACGUUCUCCGUCGAGCUUGACUCAUCCAGCAGCUGCGACCCCACCGCCGCUCAGGCCUACACCCAGACCUCCACUCAGCUUGGCUGGACUUUUGAUGGUACUGAGAAAUUGUACACCAUCCCGUUCUCCAAGUUCACUGGGCUCAACACAGAGAAACUAACCACCAUCCUUUUCUCUGCUUUCACCAAGACCGUCUCCUUCGGUCCCAUGGCUUUCUACUGUGGCGCUACGGGCGAAUACAUUGUCAGCACCACCACACCAAACACAGCUCCUCCCGCCACCGUUGCUGCCCCCGCUGGCACCGCAGCUGCUUAUGUUAUCGACAAGUUCGCCAACGCUGACAGCAACGCUCAGGGCUUUUGGCACGGAGCUGACGAUGGCAUGUCUCUGACCUACAGCGGCGGUCUCACCAUCAAGUCCACUGAUGCCGACUACUCCUUCUACACCCAGGUUUCCGGUUCUUGCAGCGACUUCAGCAAAUACAAGGGAUCUUACCUUCACAUCGCUUACAGUGGCUCUACAGCCUUCACCGUUGCCUUCCAGCAGCACAACAGCGCCUGUAAUGCCGACAUCGCCCCCUACCCCUUCACCUGGGACUCUAUUGAGGCCUCUCGCUACGCUAAGAACGGCCACAUCUACAUUCCGAUUAGCCAUUUCAACAUCGACCUUACCAAGGCCAUCGGUUUCGCGCUCAAGGGUUUCUACACCCAAGAUACCGUCAAGCUGACUGUCAUGGAGAUCGUCCCCUCCGUCCCUGCUGGCUUCGUCAUCCCCAACGACGAGGAGACCGGUGAUCUCGUAUUUGCUUGCAAGCGUCCCAACUCGUUUGCUUUCGCCAUCGACGAUGGUGUACCAGACCUUGCCCAGGAAGUUCUCAAGAUCAUCCGCGAGGAGAACAUCAAAGUGACCUUUUUCACCGUUGGCGCGCCUCUUCUCGACGAGACCACCAACCUUACCAACGUCUACAAGGAGAUGCAAGCCGCCGGCCACCAACUUGCGCUCCACUCUUUCACACACCCCAAGAUGGAGGGCCUCCCCGACUAUGCAUCUAUCGACUGGGAGUACAACGAGGAUAUCAAGGCUAUGAAGCAGUCUUUCAACCUCGACACCUCUUACUUCCGUCCGCCGUUCGGUAACGAGGGUGCUCGUAUGCGCCAGCGUCUCGCCAAGGCUGUUGGCCGCAAGCCCACCAUCACCAACUGGUCCGUUGAUGUUGAGGACUGGUUGUGGGCUGAGACCGACACCCCUGAGCAGCAGUUGACUGCUUUCCAGCGUGAUGUCAACAAGGGUGGUAACUUGGUUGUGCUGCACUACCUUUACCCCUCUACUGUCAGCUACCUGAGGCAGUUCAUCCAGAUUGCUAAGGCGACUGGGAAGCAGCUCAUGCGUGUUGACCAGUGCAUGAUGGAUCCUAACGCUCCUGCUUUGUAG